AUGAAUAAAAUAACUAGUUAUAAAAAACCAACAUAUUAUAAUCACAAAGAUGAACCAUCAAAUAUUCAAAAUCCUAGUGAUAUCAAGAAUAUGAUGAAUAGAAGAUAUAAAAUUCUAUUAAUAUCAAUGGCCGUCACAACAAUUCCAUCUUUUUUUAUUAGUGUAGUACAUUUAGUUAAUGGAUUGAUUAGUUUAUUUGUUAUUGCACUUGGAACCAUUGGAUUAUUUAAAAAGAGUAGCAUUAUACUCUCGAUUUUUCAAAUCCUUACUAUUUUAGUAUGGAUAUUUACACUAACGGUAUUUAUUUUUGGAAUCAUUGAAAUAAGUAAUGGAAAAGAUAUCAAUGAUAAAAAUAGAUUAUUUUUCAACUAUAAUCAAGCACUUUUAAUAGUUGGUACAAUAAGUUCAUCUCUUUGGUUAAUUUUUGGAUUGGGAGCAGUAGGAUUAUCACAAGAAGUUCAAAGAUUUAUCAAAUUCAAUACCAAUCUUUGUAUUAUUGAAGAAGAACCAUUUUUCCAUCCUGAACUAUCGCAACCACUUAGAUCCGCCACAUUUAAUACUAAUGCAACAAACUAUUCAAACUACAACACUUUUCCAUCAACUAGCUAUUCGGAACCACCACAACAAUUUCUAACUACAACUCAUUCACAAACCAUAUUGACAGCACAACCAUAUCAAUAUUCAAAGUAUCAAGUUAACUAUCCAUCAUCCAAAUAA